ACAGCGAGGCGCUUCGUUCAAGUUGGCGGGGAGAUGGGGGCGAGAAAGGCAGGAGGAAAUGGUAUAGCUAGUGUGCGGGAGUGAUCGCCCGCCGCGCGCUGGUCGGUGGCUGCUGCUUGUGAGAACCUCUCUGUGAUCUCUUCUAUUUUAAACAUCUCACAAAGAAGUCUUGAAGAUACUGACUUUCAGCAGUACUUUACUACCUAUCUGGAUGUCACCAGCAUUUCCUAUGUUAACAGUUCUGAGUAUGUUUUACUAUAUUUGCCUUCGGCGCCGAGCCAGGACAGCUACAAGGGGAGAACUGAUGAACAAUCGGAGAGCCAUUGAAUCAAAUAGAACCCUACCUAUCAAUGUUGAAUUGGUCCAGUAUGCCAAAGAAGUGUUGGACUUCAGCUCCCAUUAUGGCAGUGAAAACAGCAUGUCAUAUACUAUGUGGAAUUUAGCUGGAUCUCCUAAUGUGUAUCCUAGCUCAGGGGACUUUACACAAACUGCUGUGUUUAGGACCUAUGGAAAAUGGUGGGAUAUGUGCCCUAGUGCACGAACACCUUUUACGAGGACACCACCCAGUUUCCAAAGUCAGGACUAUGUAGAACUUGCUUUUGAAGAACAAGUAUAUCCUACGGCCAUACAUAUUUUGGAAACGUAUCAUCCUGGUGCUGUGGUUAGGAUUUUGGCAUGUUCUGCAAGUCCUUAUUCCCAAAAUCUGCCCAGUGAAGUAAGGUGGGAAAUCCUUUGGUCAGAGCUACCUUCCAAGGUGAAUUUGCCUCAGGCACGUCAGUUUACACCUAAUAUCAAACAAAUAAAUUUUCCUACAAAUUUAAUCCGUUUGGAAAUAAACAGUUCCCUUCUGGAUUAUUAUACUGAGUUGGAUGCUGUAGUGCUACAUGGUUUAAGAGAGAGACCUGUGCAUUCGCUCAGUACUCCAGUUAUUGAUAUGAAUGAUCUGGAUGACGAUGAAGAUGGGGAGAGAGAAAGUUACAGCAGCAUGGACAGUCUCAACAAGCAGUUUAGUGCUGCUGCCUUCAAAGACUGGACAACUAAUGGAUACUUUGAUAAAUUGCCUUAUGAGCUCAUCCAGUUGAUUUUGAGUCACCUUACAGUCCCGGAUCUGUGCAGAGUAUCACAGACAUGUAAGCUACUAUAUCAACAUUGUUGUGAUCCACUACAAUAUAUUCAUCUCAGUUUGCAACCAUAUUGGGCAAGGAUUAAUGACACAGCUUUAGAAUACCUACAGUCUCGUUGUAUCCUGGUCCAGUGGCUUAAUUUAUCUUGGACUGGGAACAGAGGAACCAUUUCAUUUUCUGCUUUUAGCAGGUUCCUGAAAGUUUGUGGUUCAGAACUAGUGCGCCUGGAAUUGUCUUGUGGCCAUUUCCUCAAUGAGGCUUGUUUGGAGGCUAUUGCUGACACAUGUUUAAAUCUGCAGGAAUUAAAUCUCUCCUCCUGUGAUAAACUUCCACCUCAGGCUUUCAACCACAUUGCCAAAUUGUGCAACCUUACACGUUUAAUUCUUUAUCGAACAAAAAUAGAGCAAACAGCACUGCUCAGCAUUCUGAACUUCUGUUCAGAACUUCAGCACCUCAGUCUGGGGAGCUGUGUGAUGAUUGAGGACUAUGACACAAUAGCUUGUAUGAUGGGAGCCAAAUGCAAAAAACUUCGAACAUUGGAUUUAUGGCGAUGUAAAAACAUUUCUGAAAAUGGAAUAGCAGAGCUAGCUGCUGGCUGUCCACUGUUGGAGGAGCUUGAUCUUGGCUGGUGCCCAACUCUUCAGAGCAGCACGGGCUGCUUUGCAAAACUUGCCCGUAAACUCCCAAAUUUGCAAAAGCUCUUUCUGACAGCCAACCGGUCUGUGUGUGACUCUGACAUAGAGGAACUUGCUGCAAAUUGUACUAAUCUUCGGCAGCUUGAUAUUUUGGGCACACGAAUGGUAAGCCCUGCUUCUUUAAGAAAAUUGCUGGAGUCUUGUAAAGAAUUGUCCUUACUUGAUGUGUCCUUCUGUUCACAAAUUGAUAACCGAGUUGUCCUAGAACUGAAUGCCAACUUUCCUAAUGUGCUCAUCAAGAAGAGCUUCACUCAGUGACUCAAUUCAUAUGCUGCUAUAUAGGACUGAUUUGAUAAUUCUGCUUCCUGUGAAUUUAUAAUGAUUUUUUCAAAGAGAAAAUAUAUUUUUUGUGAGGCAUGGGAAAAAAAGGUUAAUUCUUAAUAUGAAGGUAAAAUGUGAAAUCCAAGAUUUAAAUAAUGGUCAACCAUUAUUCCUGAUACUAUACUUGACAAAUGAUUAAAGUGGAAAGCAUCUUGUAAAUGUAA